UAACAGCAGUUCGCAGGGAAGUGAGUGUAGUGGCAGGAAAGGCGCAUUGGAGAGAGAGCGAGAGAAAAUUUCAACGCAGUGGAGCUAAACUAAUCCGAACUGCUGAACUUCAGGACAUUUUGGAGCCGCGGGCAUGAGCUAAACUUUUAGUUUAAGACGCUGACUUUAGCACGUCGCCCUGCUUUGAGUGUUACCGCCGCUCCUCGCCCACCUUUCUGCUGUUUCUGCUGCACGGAGCUGAGCUGAGCAGCGAAGUGAAGCGGGCUGAGGAAAGCAGAAGUUUGCACUCGCCUGGGGGGCUUUGCUCUGCAAGAAUGUCGCAGAAAGAAAGACCCACGUUUUAUCGACAGGAGGUGAAUAAGACGAUAUGGGAGGUGCCACUGCGUUAUCAGAACUUGUCUCCGGUCGGCUCUGGUGCAUAUGGAUCCGUAUGCUCAGCACAUGAUGACAAGACAGGUCUGAAGGUUGCUGUGAAAAAACUCUCGAGGCCGUUUCAGUCCAUCAUUCAUGCCAAAAGGACGUACAGAGAAUUGCGGCUUCUCAAGCACAUGAAACAUGAAAAUGUGAUAGGCCUGCUGGAUGUUUUCACACCUGCUACCAGUCUGGAGGAGUUUAAUGAUGUAUAUCUGGUGACUCAUCUGAUGGGCGCUGACCUCAACAACAUAGUAAAGUGUCAGAAGCUGACUGAUGACCAUGUGCAGUUCCUUAUUUACCAGAUCCUUCGAGGACUCAAGUACAUCCAUUCAGCAGACAUCAUUCACAGAGACCUGAAACCCGGUAAUUUAGCUGUGAAUGAAGAUUGUGAACUUAAGAUCCUUGACUUUGGCUUGGCGCGGCACACAGACGAUGAGAUGACAGGAUAUGUGGCCACCAGGUGGUAUCGCGCUCCAGAGAUCAUGCUCAACUGGAUGCACUACAACAUGACAGUGGACAUUUGGUCGGUUGGCUGCAUUAUGGCCGAGUUGCUGACGGGGAGGACGCUCUUCCCUGGCACAGACCAUAUAAACCAGCUACAGCAGAUAAUGCGGUUGACAGGAACCCCCCCUUCCUCUCUAAUAAGCAGGAUGCCUAGCCAUGAGGCCAGGAAUUACAUUAAUUCCCUGCCACAGAUGCCUAAAAGGAAUUUUACGGAUGUAUUUAUUGGAGCCAAUCCUCAAGCUGUGGAUCUCCUUGAGAAAAUGCUGGUUUUAGACACAGAUAAGCGAAUAACUGCUGCAGAAGCCUUGGCCCACCCAUACUUUUCCCAAUACCAUGAUCCAGAUGACGAACCAGAGGCAGAGCCCUAUGACCAGAGCUUUGAGAGUCGAGAGCUGGACAUUGAAGAGUGGAAACGUUUGACGUAUGAAGAGGUGAUCAGUUUUGAGCCACCGAUUUUUGAUGGAGAUGAAAUGGAAUCAUGAGGCCCAUGUAAGACUGGAGUACAACGUUAGCCCAGUCUUUCUGCGUUUGCAGUUAACACUGUCAUUUUUGCAGUUCUUUUACCAGACCGAAAGUAUGAUUUUUAAAGUGCCUGCCACUUUACUUUCUUUGUCUUGCUCUUUUUUAAAUUUUAUUUUUUUAUGUAUAUAACUGUUGUCCGAUGAAUUAGGAAGCAAAAAAAGACUUUAGGACAAAAAGGGACACAUUUACCAGGAGUUUUUAUAUGAGGAACCUCUAAUGGAGUUAAGUAGCAUUUGUGUUAAACCAUUGUCAUGUUUCCAUCCACUCCCCAGGCAAAUUUCAUGCCAACAAGUAUGCACAAAACAUUCACAUGGCAAUAAAGCUUGCUGCUAAAUCAUACUGUACGAGCCCAGGAUUGGAAAUAUCACAACUGAAUAACAUUUGGGUAAAAAAAAUGAUGUGUAAAAUGAUUAUGGCAUUUCAUUCAGAGAUAACAGCAAACAAACUGUUGGCUAUGCAGUACUGAGCUAAAUUCAGAGACCACUUAUUUAGUUUACAGUCAAAAUGUUAUUCGUUUCCAGUAAAAGUUAUUCAUUUUUUGGCAUUCAGGAGACUUGCUUUCAGUUUUUCAAAGAAAUCUGCAGGAAUGUUUUUCCACACCUCCAAAGUUCAGUCUUAGAAGUUUGUUGUAAUUUCUGUUUUAAGUAAUCCCAAACAUAUUCAGUGAUGUUUAAGGUCUGGACUCUGGAGUUGCUAGUCUGCUGAUCUGUUAAUUCGCACCCUUUUCUCAGUAAUGGCUUCUUGACAGCUACCUUUCAGACUCAUAGCACUGAGUUGUCUUCUCACAGUGGAUGAAUGGACAGAAGCACUUUUUCAGAAAGUGGAGCUUAAUUUUCUUCUGUCGCUUAAAGAUGAAAGUUUUAAGUGCUGUUUAUCUAAUGGUGACAGUUUUGGUGCUCUACAAGGUCUUGGUUGUUUGGAGUCCCAUAUUCUGGCCCAUCUUUUAACCAUUUGUAGAUCUCCAGUUUUGGAAACUAUUUUUUAAACUUAUUUUCCUUUGAUUUUCACUGUCCCCAUGCAAGUGGAUCAUUUUACGUAAUCUCAGAAAUAUCUCCUGAAAAAUUAAUAACUUGUACUUAAUGGCUGUUUAGAAUUUAACUAUGUGAGGGGUAGUCUCUGACUUGCUGUACAAUACUGUAGGCUCUUGCAAUGAAACAAAUGCAAAGCUGUAUCUGGCAUUAACUUGACCAAAAUCUGAACAAAUGACCAUACACUUUGUGCUGAUUUAUUAUAUUCAUAUUACAACAAGGCAAAUAUACCCACAUUAAGUGUGUAAUUUGACAUAACGUGACUUGGAUGGAAAGAUUAAGAUUAAAAUUGUAACCUUAGCCAAAUUUGGUUUUAACAACACAAUGUUUCAUGUGGAUCUAAUGUUGAUGUACAAAAGUUUUCAAUUUUACUACCUGCCUGGUUGUAAAAUGAGGUGUUUACAUCUGUGACACAUGAAGCUACAUUCUUGUUUUGUUCCACUGAAUAAUGGAUCAUGUUGCAGAAUCUUUGUGUCCUACUAUCAGAAACGUUGUUCACAUUCAAAGCAAAUUAUAUGGACUGUAGAGCAUUAGACCCUGCAUGCAGCAAUAUAAUUCCCAUUCAAGGCCAGAGACAAAAUAAUAAUUUCAAACAGUAGCAUAUGGUUGAACUGGAGACCAGACAGAUACUCCAAAAGUUUUGACAACAUCGAUAAGUUCAGGCCUCCUGUAAAUACCAGUUCUAGCCUUGUAUUGUUUUCAUUACACCAUUUCUUUCUGUUUUAUGUUGUGUUCAUCACUCAAAGCUGUGUGUAAGACUGAGUGAGCAACUAAGAGAGAACAUGAGCACAUGAUGUGAAUGGAAUUGUUUUUAAGCUGACAGUAGAGAAAUUAAAUGAAUGUCAAUAUCGUACCAGUGUGAAAUAUUUAUAUACUGCUGAGUUGAUAUGAACUGGUGUGGCUGCUUCUGUCUGCUUUAUUUCUGAUAUCACACUGUAGAGAAUAUAAUCAAAUACACAUUGUUUAUUAAAGAAAAUAAAGGCAGAUAUUUUUCA